CUUAAAAAACACCAGCGCAUUCACACUGGAGAGAAACCUUAUCAGUGCUCACAGUGUGGGAAGGGCUUUAGUUCUCUAAGUGCUCUUAAAAAACACCAGCGCAUUCACACUGGAGAGAAAACUUAUCAGUGCUCACAGUGUGGGAAGGGCUUUAGUUCUCUAAGUGCUCUUAAAAAACACCAGCGCAUUCACACUGGAGAGAAACCAUAUCAGUGCUCACAGUGUGGGAAGAGUUUUAAUCAACAGAGUGCUCUCAAAAUACACCAGCGCAUUCACACUGGAGAGAAACCAUAUCAGUGCUCACAGUGUGGGAAGAGUUUUAAUCAACAGGGUCAUCUUAAAAUACACCAGCGCAUUCACAUUGGAGAGAAACCUUAUCCAUGCUCAGUGUGUGGGAAGAUUUUUAGUAAACAGGAUCAUCUCAAAAUACACCAGCGCAUUCACACUGGAGAGAAACUGUAUCAGUGCUCACAGUGUGGGAAGAGAUUUAAUCAACAGAGUGCUCUGAAAAUACACCAGCGCAUUCACACUGGAGAGAAACCAUAUCAGUGCUCAGUGUGUGGAAAGAGUUUUAAUCAACAGAGUGAUCUCAAAAUACACCAGCGCAUUCACACUGGAGAGGAACCAUAUCAGUGCUCAGUGUGUGGAAAGAGUUUUAAUCAACAGAGUCAUCUCAAAAUGCACCAGCGCAUUCACACUGGAGAGAAACCAUAUCAGUGCUCACAGUGUGGGAAGAGUUUUAAUCAACAGAGUGCUCUCAAAAUGCACCAGCACAUUCACACUGGAGAGAAACCAUAUCAGUGCUCACAGUUAGGGAAGAGUUUUGAUCAACAGAGUGAUCUCAAAAUACACCAGCGCAUUCACACUGGAGAAAAACCAUAUCAGUGCUCAGUAUGUGGGAAGAGUUUUAAUCAACAGGGUGCUCUCAAACGACACCAGCACAUUCACACUGGAGAGAAACCAUAUCAGUGCUCACAGUGUGAGAAAGCUUUUGCUCAACAGGGUCACCUUCAAAAACACCAGCAUGUUCACACAGGAGAGAAACCAUAUUACUGCUCAGAGUGUGGAAAGAGUUUUAUUCAAAGUAGUGACCUUAAAGUACACCAGCGUGUUCACACAGGAGAGAAGCCGUAUCACUGCUCAGAGUGUGGAAAGAGUUUUGCUCAACAUGUUAACCUCAAAAAACACCAGCGUAUUCACACAGGAGAGAAACCGUAUCACUGCUCAGAGUGUGGAAAGAGUUUUGCUCAACAUGUUAACCUCAAAAAACACCAGCGUAUUCACACAGGAGAGAAGCCGUAUCACUGCUCAGAGUGUGGAAAGAGUUUUGCUCAACAUGUUAACCUCAAAAAACACCAGCGUAUUCACACAGGAGAGAAGCCGUAUCACUGCUCAGAGUGUGGAAAGAGUUUUGCUCAACAUGUUAACCUCAAAAAACACCAGCGUAUUCACACAGGAGAGAAGCCGUAUCACUGCUCAGAGUGUGGAAAGAGUUUUGCUCAACAGGGUAACCUUCAAAAACACCAGCGUGUUCACACAGGAGAGAAACCGUAUCACUGCACUGAGUGUGGAAACAGUUUUGCUGAACAUAGUACCCUUCAAAGCCACCAGCGUAUUCACACAGGAGAGAAACCGUAUAACUGCACUGAGUGUGGAAAGAGUUUUACUCAAAGUAGUGCCCUUAAAGUACACCAGCGUGUUCACACUGGAGAGAAGCCGUAUCACUGCUCAGUGUGUGGAAAAAGUUUUACUCAACGGAGUAAACUCCAACAACACCAGCGUAUUCACACAGGAGAGAAACCGUAUUACUGCUCAGAGUGUGGAAAGAGUUUUGCUCAUGAAAAUAAUCUCAAACGGCAUCAGCGCAUUCACACAGGAGAGAGGUCGUAUCACGUGUCUGAAAAGAACCUUAGUGAAAGGAAUAUCCUUUAA